AUGCCGACCAAAUUACUAGAUAGCCUCGUUAGGUCCGUUCACGGAUAUACCGGGACUGGGUAUGAUAAAGUAUAUGACGAGUCAGAAACAUUUCUUAACGAGCUUCGUGAUGUUGAACUGAGUCUUGUUGCCGCAUCAAAGUGUGAUGAUCUUCCUCCUCCUCCUAUCAAAUCACUACUGAAGGCUGGCGAUAAAUGGUAUAAGAAUCUGAUAGAUCAUCUUAAGACCAUCAAUUCCGCUACUAAUUCGUUCCAAAAGGCCGUCAUUAAUAACCCAGAGUAUCUGUUUGAUUUGGAUGAAGCCUACACUUAUCCCUUGUUAUUGGAUAACGACGCCAUCUUUGAGACCAAUGAAGAUGAAUGGAAUUCGAAUGGAAGUGGUUCCGAUAAGGACUCGUCAUCAUCGAUUGCAUCCAGUAGAGCUGUGUACAACGAGAAUAAGCAUGAGCUUUCGAAGGCCAUCAUGAUGCAUUUGUUAAAGAACGGGAACUUUGAUGUGUGUCAACAGAUGAUAGCACAACAACAACAUCAAUAUCAAGAUUUGGGAUGCUCUGCCGAGGUUCUUACGAAGUUCAAGGAAUUGUCAACAAUUGUGGAUAGUAUUAUAAUUGACCAUGAUUUGAUUAAGGCCUUGGAUUGGCUAGAUAUCCAUUCCAAGGAAGUAAUGGAUCCUCUAGAUGGAAGCUUUUUUGAAAUUAGGUUCAAAUUGACGGCUCUACAGUUCAUUUUACUUCUAAGUAAGAACGGGAAGAUUACCUUGGACAGUGCCGUGUUGGCAUACACGCAUUCCUCCAAACGAAUGUCGGAGUUUCUCAGUAUGUAUUUGGAGGAGAUCUCUCCCAUAAUGGCAUUAUUAGCAUGUCAGGGAGCAGAGGGAGAAGUUUUAAUCAAAUGUCUACGAGAAGGGUUCAAAGUAUCGAAAGAAGGGUCUCGGAAGAAUCAAAAGGAGAAGCAAUUUGUCGGAGAGUUGCUUCAGAAUUUUAAACAAAUCAACCUUGACCAAUCAUUGUUCAUGAGCAUUGCUCAUGAAUUCAUUGGCCAGUUUUGCAAGUACAUGCAACUUUCCAAUGAACUGAGUUUAUUCCAAAGUGUACUUGCUGGGUUUGUUAAUCUCCCCAGUUUCCAUAAAUUCAAUUUCAUUCAACUGAAGUUGAAGAACUUGAAGGAAGCCAAAGAUAAAGCCAAUGAAAUGGCCGAUCUUGUUCAUAACGUGGCCACCUAUAACUUCGAUUUACCCUUUCAAUUACUGGACUCAAGUCGCUCAUUAUUCAAGUUCCAUCCGAUCUUCAUAUGUCCUGUUUCCAAAGACCAACUUAUACCCAACAUCAAACAAGAUAGCAUGCUGAAACCUGUUCAUAACGAACAACGGUACAAUAAUAACGGCAAGAAGCCAUGCCACUCUCGAGAUUACUACCCUUUAAAUCCCGUGGUGGUGCUCAAAUUCUGUCGACAUUUGGCAUUGAAGGAAAGUAUAUGGGAGCUUUCAAAGCACGGCUCAGAGAAAUUCAAGUGUCAUUAUUGCUAUAAGAAGCAUCAAUUCAGUGAUGUUUCUGAUGCCUUUAUUAUCGACUUGUGA